GAGCCUCUUCCCCAGCCUGUGCUGGUGACCUGGAGCGCUACAGACAGUGCCAUGAGCAUCCUCAGCAUCUUCACCGUGGGUGAGCUGCUGGCAAUCACGAUGCUGGUGCUGCAGCUCAUCCUGGUCACUGUCAUGCUACGGGACAAGCGUCUGUGGAGGAUCCGUCAGAACUCAAAGCUCCCAAGCGCAGCGAGAGGCCGGCUGGAGGGGCAGAGCGGUGUGGACAGGGCACGGAGAUCAGCAGACAUGGAGCUGCAGCCCCAUGGCAGCUCCCCAGGCAGUUCCAUCAGCUCCAGGAGCCGUUUCCCGAGGUUCAUCCGGAGCUGCCGGGACUCCCGGGCGCUCUUUGAGGAGCAGCGCGAGGAGCUGGAGGCACAGCUAGCCCAGUGGCCGAGGAUGCCGAGGGGCUGUGGGGCAGCCCGGAGCUCCGUGCCCGUGGAGCCGGGGCUGCUGGGGGGCAGAGAGUCCCCUCGGGGCGCUGGAGAGGGGCGGCCCAGGGCGAGCUCGGGCAGCGCGGCCCAAGAGGACAAAGGCCCGGAGGCCUCGUCGGGCCUCGGCAGCUCCCCGGAGCCGGAGCAGGGCAGCGGCUGCCCGGCCAUGGCCUGGUUCAUCCCCAGGGACGUGCUGGUGGCCGCGGGCCCGGAGGACAGCGGCAGCAGCAGCAGCAGCAGCAGCAGCAGCUCUCUGGGGCUGGUGCUCAGCAUGCCGAGCGCUGAGCCGUGGUGGGGCCCGGUGCUGCCCCCAGCCCGGCGGCCACAGGCGCUGCCCGCGGGCCGGGCGCGGGGCCGGGAGCCGGGCAGGGCCCUGGGCAAGCUCCGUGCCCGGCUCGGGGGGUGCCUGGCAGCCUGGUGCAGCCGCUGGCACUGA